GUCUCGUGGAUCACAAACAACACGCAGCCAACAAUGAAGGUCUUACUAGUACUAUGUGCACUUACGGUGUGCACAUCAGCCACUCUCGACAAGCUCUUCAAGAAAAAGGACUUCGACAUCAGCGGGCUGUUUGAUGGUCUGUUCGAAAAGGAGAAACAUCACGGCCCGCCGCCACGCCCAGUCUACGGCCCACCAGCGCAUCGUCCCCCACCGCCGGUGUACGGGCCACCACCCGCACCUGUCUACGGACCACCCGCACCUGUCUACGGACCACCGCCACCACAAGCCUACGGACCUCCUCCGCCAGUACAUCACGCACCACCACCACCACCUCCGCCACCACCGCGUCCAGUGUAUGGCCCACCACCUCAGGCAUACCAUGCACCGCCGCCACCCCCGCGCCCAGUCUAUGGACCUCCGCCAGUACACCAUGCACCUCCUCCACCACCGCCGCCACCACCACGUCCAGUCUAUGGCCCACCGGCUCAAGUAUACCACGCGCCUCCACCUCCACCUCCACCACCACCACCACCGCCACCACGCCCAGUCUACGGACCUCCACCAGUGCAUCACGCACCUCCCCCACCACCACCACCGCCACAGCAAUCGUACGGACCCCCACCGGUCCAGGUCUACCAUGCGCCACCACCUGCACCGGUAUACCACGCUCCUCCACCACCGCCUGUCUACAGUGCGCCACCACCAGCUCCAGUAUACCAGGCACCGGUAUUCAGCGCUCCAGCACCCCCACCUCCACCACCACCACCACCACCACCACCGCCGCCAGCAGUGUACAAUGCCCCUGUGUCGCACCCAGAGCCAAUCCAGCUGCUGCCACUGCAAAACAAUCCUGUUAGCUUUUCUGGUGCUAGCUCGGCUUCGGUUGCUUCCGGCUCCGUCACCGACGAAGGCUACCACUAUGGCGUUGGCCAUGGUUCCGGUCACUAAU